GGUUCGAUGAGGCAGCUGCAGCAGCACCAGAUAACGAUGAAACGGCAUUGAAGGAGCACAACGACGUAAGUUACCAAAACCGUUUUGAAGAAACUAUAAUCGGGAAGUCAAUGCCAUAACCGUACUAUCUGUAAUGGCGACGACGACGACGCUGUUCACCCUCCAUCUCUGUCGUUUUGGCCAAAGCUUCUCCAAAAAACUAUUCUCUACGUCCCCUUCUUCUGACACUCUUCUGAACCCUCACCACGUCACGUUCCACCACAAAUUACGCCGCCCGAACUCCUCCUCCGCCCCCGCUUUCUUCCGGCGCUUCUCAACUGUCGCAGCUGCUUCCACUUCCGGAGAGGUGAAUUACGAUGGAAUUGGAACAGCUGAUGAAAAAUAUGAUGUGAUUGUGGUUGGAGGAGGGCACGCAGGUUGUGAAGCCGCACUUGCCUCUGCGCGUUUGGGUGCAAGAACUCUUCUUCUUACUCUCAACAUUGACCGUAUUGCCUGGCAGCCUUGCAAUCCAGCUGUUGGUGGACCUGCGAAGUCUCAAUUGGUUCACGAAGUGGAUGCGCUAGGUGGUGAAAUAGGGAAGAUUGCUGACAGAUGUUACUUGCAGAAGCGGGUGCUUAAUGUAUCCAGAGGACCUGCAGUUCGUGCAUUACGUGCUCAAACUGAUAAAAGGGAAUAUGCCAUGCAAAUGAAAAGUGUAGUGGAAAGCACACCAAACCUUUCAAUCAGAGAGGCUAUGGUCACAGAUAUAUUACUUGGGAAAAAUGAUAAUGUGGAAGGUGUUUGUACAUUUUUUGGGAUGAAAUUCUAUGCUCCAUCUGUUGUUCUCACAACAGGAACUUUUAUGAGUGGCAAAAUCUGGGUUGGUAGAACUUCCAUGCCUGCAGGAAGAGCUGGCGAGUCUGCUUCUCAUGGAUUAACUGAGAACUUACAGCGUCUUGGUUUUGAAACUGAUCGGCUGAAAACCGGAACCCCUGCCCGAGUGGACAUUCGUACUGUAGAUUUCUCAGGUUUAGAGCCUCAGCAUGGAGACAAAGAGGUCAGCUGGUUUAGUUUUGAUCCUGAUGUCCAUAUUGAAAGAGAACAGAUGUGCUGCUACCUAACCCGUACUACAGGUAGAACUCACCAGAUAAUAAGAGAUAACUUACAUGAAACACCAACUUAUGGAGGAUGGGUUGAAGCUAAAGGACCAAGAUAUUGUCCUUCCAUUGAAGAUAAGAUUGUAAGGUUCCAAGAUAAAGAGUCUCAUCAAAUAUUUCUUGAACCAGAGGGUCGCAGUGUGCCUGAGCUCUAUGUGCAGGGGUUCUCAACAGGUUUGCCAGAGAGAUUACAACUACCUUUGCUCAGAACUUUGCCUGGACUUGAGAACUGUUCAAUGUUGAGGCCUGCAUAUGCUGUAGAGUAUGAUUAUUUACCUGCUCAUCAAUGUGCUAGGUCUCUUAUGACAAAGAAAAUACAAGGAUUAUUCUUCUCUGGUCAGAUAAAUGGAACUACUGGCUAUGAGGAAGCUGCAGCACAGGGCAUAAUUUCUGGCAUCAAUGCGGCUAGAUAUGCAGAUGGUAAGCAACUCAUUGUCCUUGAAAGAGAGAGCAGCUAUAUAGGAACAUUAAUUGAUGACCUAGUUACCAAGGAUCUGCGAGAACCUUAUCGCAUGUUAACAAGCCGCUCAGAGCAUCGGUUACUCUUGAGAUCUGAUAAUGCUGAUAGCCGUCUCACCCCCUUGGCUCAUGAAAUUGGGUUGAUAGAUGAUAGACGGUGGAAACUGUACCAGGAGAAACAGGCUCGAAUUUCUGAGGAAAAGAAGCGAUUGAGAAGUGUCAGAAUUUCAGGGGGAGACUUGGCUGCUGAAGUUUCUCGAGUCUCUGGUCAGCCAGUGAGGGACUCUUCAACAUUGGAAAGUCUUCUUAAGAAACCACACAUACAUUAUGGAAUUCUUGAUGAGCAUGGCUUUGGUAACAUAGAGUUAUCUAGAAUAGAGAAAGAAUGUGUUGAGAUCGAUAUUAAGUACGAAGGUUUCAUCUUGCGUCAGCAAAGCCAGCUUCAACAGAUGGUUACUCAACAACAUAGACAACUUCCCGAAGACUUGGAUUACCAUAUGAUUACAACGUUAUCUAUUGAAGCACGUGAAAAGCUUUCCAAGGUUAGGCCGCAAACCAUUGGUCAGGCAAGCAGAGUUGGUGGAGUGAGCCCUGCUGACAUUACUGCUCUACUAAUUGUGCUUGAAGCUAAUCGGAGGAAAGCUCAGGAACAAAGCAGGUACAAAAUAAUGAAUGCUAUGCGAGCAAAAGCCCUAGAGGAGGAGGUGCCUGAAGUUUCUUGCACCGAAACAGUCAGCUCUUGAUCAGUUACCUACCAUUCUAUCGAUUUUAAAAUCCUAGAUGAAUACACAAGGAAAGGAGAAAAAGUAAAAAGAAAUUUAUUGUUAUAAAUAAAUUUUUGUUGCCUAUUUGACAAUUUCUCUCCCCCAGUUGAUGUAAAAUUAAAAAUUGUAAGUGCAGAAAUAAAGUUAUUUAUCGUGGGCAUAAAUCUCUCUUGUU